GUUUUGACUUGCGUCUCUUUUCCAUCUGGAAUCGGGGAAAGCCCAGCCCCCUAUAUAUAUAUACGUCACGCGACGCCCUGUUCUCGACAGAUCCGUGGUUGGAGAGCCUUGUGCCGCUUGUCGUCGUCAACCAGUAAACGAAGCGAUCUAGCCUUACGACCCAGGCCAUGGCUGACUUGGACUUGUCUACGCCUCUGUUGUCAGCGAUGGAUUUGGCCGAGGAGUCCAACGUGUCCGCGGCUUUCCCGCUGCUGGUGCUUGAGCCGCCGCCAGAUUCAGAUCGUUCGUCGUACAAGGUCUUCAGCUUGCCGGACCAGAAGCUUGAAGAUGUCACUCCGUUCGUGUCGAGCAACAAAGCAUUCUUGGAGACGCCGCAGGGCUGGGUAUUGGUCCUGAGCUCCUCCGAUUCCUCGUCAGAAGACGCAGGGACCCAUCUCCUGAACCCUAAAGACGGAUCAAGAAUCGAGCUUCCGACUCUCAAAGACGACGAGGUCCCAUGGACGUGCAGGUGCGUCUUGUCCAACGUCGUGGUAGCGCCUGGCUGCAGCGUCCUAGUCUUCGACCAUGCGAGCCCGGUGAUGUGGUUCUGCCGCGUCGGCCAGGAUCUCCGGUGGUCGCGCCACGGCUACGACAUUGGCUGCUUGGACAUCGCGGGCUCUCCUCCCACAAAGAGACACUUCGUCGACGUUGCCGCCGUUAAUGGGAGGUUCUUCUUCUGCGAGUCCAAUGACUCUCUCGGCACGCUCGACUUCCACGCCAACGACGCCUCGGAGAAGCCGGAGGUGCGGCUGGGCGCCAUCGCCGUGCCCUGCGUCCACGUCCCGACGGGCUUUACGGCCACGUACGUCGUCGAGUCCUGCAACGACCUGUUCCUCGUCCAUAUCGCCUUCCACGGAUUAUGCGUCGACCGACCAGGGGAGCUCCGCGUCUAUCGGAUGGAUUUCUCGGAGCCGCCGGCUUGGCGCAAGACGGACUGCAUCGGGGAUCGGGCUUUCAUCCUCGGUAAAUCCAAUUUUGCAGCGUCCUGCUCUGCCAGCGGAUGUGGACUCAAGCCCAACUGCGUCUACUGGUUGAAUUGCCUCAGCUCAGAGAACAGUGAUCUGCAUGUCUUCGGCCUGAAGGACGGCUCAUCAGAAAUUGUCAAGCAGUUUGAGAAUGUCGUGGGUCUCCGGAAAUCCUGGUGGAUCGUCCCUGUCGUUUCAUAGUCGCUGCAAUUUUCCAUCAUCUUUUUUUUCUCUGUUCAUGUUGGUCAUUUUUUGUUAUUAUUCUGUAAAAGUCUCCGCUGAAAUAGAAUGUGUUUUUUGUUUA